AUGCGUGCGUUUGUCUCGACCCGACCCUCCCGACCUUUCUCGAACAAGCAAGUCGCUCGGUUCUACAUCUCGCCGGCCCUCGACGAGCAAGGAGAGCCGACAGGCUUUCAAGUUUGCAAGGCUUGCGGUAAGCACCGCAAGCACACACCUCGGUUUACUAACAUACCGCCGAUCUGUGUCGAGACACUCUGUGGUGGCAUGGAGAGCGUCGUGAAGGGCCGUCGAGAAGUCCAUCGGCGAGGAGAAGCCCAAGUCGUUCGGCCUCGUCAACGACGGCUGGACCCUGGCACCGAGCACUUCCUAGCUGUCGCGAUUCCACCUACGUCAAACGUGGUUGAGCGCCUGUUUAGCUCGGCCAGAUCGGUGCUGCGUCACGAGCGCCACCGUCUUUCCCCUCAGGCGCUCGAGAUGAUCCUCUUCUUGAGGCCAACAGCUCAGGAUGAGGAAUAUACGUGCGAUUUAAACGGUGAAAGGGUCCCUUUUGACGAUAAAGUCUACACCAAACUAGUGUCAAGUGAUCCAAGUCAGCUCGGGUGUCCGUUUCGGUCACUUGGUGCUGUCAAAGUACAUCCAACCCCGGUUCAUGAUCUCAUGGAGCUUCUUUCCAAGACGACGGCUCUGACCACGGCAGCCGGAGCAACCGCAGUUUCCUACGUCUGCCAAGCGGAGGAAAAGUCCCAAGCGACAACAACGAAGCAAUUAUUCGAGAUGAUUGCGACCAUGGCUCACCAGACGGGCAAAAUGGAAAUGGCUACAUCUUUUUUUAAUCUGACACCAGGUUCUUACAAGUUCAAGUGCAAAUACAAGACAGGUAUCAUUCGAGUGCUGUCCAACAGUGACGAAGACGGCACUUCGGAAGUCGAAGAGCGGGCGAUGCAGCUACUCAGAAAGUGGCUAAGGAAGGAGAAGUGGCUGCAAACAAUGAAGCUGUUGCUGAGCAAGGUACCAGCUUUUGAGUUUGUGAGGCAACAUAUGUGCAAACCAACUCAACCACACAGUAAGAAGAAAAGCAAGAAGAGUGUUAUGGCAGAUGGCAUAAACGUCACGAUGAAGUACAAGGACGGAACUGGAGAAGUCGAGAUUCCAGACACUGAUUUGUAA